AUGAUGAAGACUGAACCCCAAGCUGCUUCAUCUGCUCAAUAUGGAGCUGGACCUGGAGAUGCUGGACCUGGAGCUGUGGAGUGUGAUUCCUGUAUUGGGAGAAAACACAAAGCCACCAAUUCCUGUCUGGUGUGUCUGGCCUCCUACUGUGAAGAUCAUCUUAAACCUCACUAUCAGUCUCAGGCUUUUAAGAAACACAAGUUAGUUAAAGCCUGUGCAGAUCUCCAAGAGAAGAUCUGCUCUCAGCAUGGCAAACUGAUCGAGGUCUACUGCCGUACUGACCGAAGCUUCAUCUGUUACUUGUGCACAAUGAAAGAACAUAAAGGCCAUGAAACUGUUCUAGCUGAAGAUGAAAGGAAUAUAAAACAGAAUGAGCUAAAUGACAAGCAGAUGAAAUUCCAGCAGAGGAUCCAGGUGAAGCAGAAGAAGGUGCAGGAGCUCAAACAAACUAGGGAAAGUAUCCAGACACUUUACCAAGCAGCAGUAGAUGACAAUGAGGAGAUCUUUACUGAGCUGAUCAGGUCCAUGGAGAAAAGGUGCUCAGAGAGUUUGCCGUCUCUCUGUGUUUCUCCUGGAUGUGACGACUCACCCAUCUUCACUGUCAAUCAACAUUUCUCAUUUGAUCAAGUGAAGAAAUCUGUCUCAGAUCUGAAAAAGCGAGUCAAGAAAAUCUGUCAGGAGGAAUUCAAGAAAAUCCCUCCACAUGUUACGACAGUUUUACUCUCAAAACCAGAAGACAGAGAUGAUUUUCUGAAAGAUUUCAUUCAUCUAACUCUGGAUCCCAACACGGCACAUCAUGAACUUCUUCUGUCUGAGGAGAACAGAAUCGAGACACGUGGAAGUAAAGCACAACGAUACUCUGAUCAUCCAGAGAGAUUUGACUCCAGGCCUCAGGUGUUGUGUAAAGAGAGUGUGUGUGGACGUGGUUACUGGGAGGUGGAGUGGAGCAGGAUGGGUGUGGCCAUAUCAGUUUCAUAUAAAGAGAUCAGCAGGAAAGGAGACGUUGAUGAGAGUGUGUUUGAGCACAACAGUCAGUCAUGGAGUCUGGUGUGUUUUCCUUCCUCAGUCUCAUUUUGGCACAACAACAUAAAGACUAAGCUCCAAGGCUCAGCGUCCUAUAUAAUAGGAGUCUAUGUGGAUCACAGUGCAGGAAUUCUGUCCUUCUACAACGUCUCUGACACGAUGAGACUCCUCCACAGAGUUCACACCACAUUCACUCAGCCGCUAUACCCGGGGUUUAGUGUGUAUAAGUAUUAUUCAGAUGUGAGAUUAUGUGAUGAAAUGUUAGUUAAAGCACAAAAGAUAAACUCUAAUGGUGUAUGUACUAUACAUUUUUGCUGAACUUGCUGUUCAUGGAGACAGAUCUUACUGUGUGUAAAAACAGAAGAAAAUCUGUUGAUAGUAAGUGUCCAGCAAUUUACUCCUGUGUGAUUUGAAUGAUGGUUUAAAUCAAUAUUCUGAAUAAAAAAACUGAG